AUGGCUCUGGUUCAGGCGUUCCCGGUGUCCGUCGCUGAGCUCUCUGCGGCAGCUCUCGAGGCACACCAGUCCCCCUCGGGGCCCUGCUCCACCACAGCUAUGGGCUCGGUCAGUAGCCUGAUCUCUGGCCGGACGUACCAGGAGAGACACUGCCGUGCGGCCAGUGACUUCUCUACCAAGCCGCGCCGCUCCACCCCGGCCACCAGCUGCUUCCGCCUCCCAGACAAUGGCACCAUGCGCAGUGGGAGCUCCUUGGAACAGCUGCUUGUCAUCUCCAACCACAACCAGCCUCAGUCUCAGCCACCUCCCCUGCCCACCAAGAAGCACCCGCGCCCUGGUAACAGUAGCAGGGCACCCUCAGGAGCACCCCCGGGGGCUACACAUGGGCUCUCCAAUGGGAAUUUUGCGUCCGGGGAUGAGGUGCUGGCAGGAGACUGGAAUGAUAACGUGGUGUUAGCGGUCACCAGUCCCGGCUCGGACUCAGAGGAGCAACAGGACCAGAGGACCAACGGAAACAUUGGAGGACCACCACCCAAACUCAUCCCUGUGUCUGGACAACUGGAGAAGAAUAUGGAGAAAGUGCUUAUUCGACCGACAGCGUUUAAACCUGUGGUCCCCAAGAACCGGCACUCAGUACAGUACCUGGCUCCUAGGCAAGGGGGCUCUAACUUGUCUGAGAGCCAGGCCAGUCUGAACUCUCUGAUGCCGUUGGGAGGCUCGUCCAACAUCAGCACCAAUGCUAACAUGCUGACCCCAGCUAACGUCGCUAACCCCACAUGCACGGCUGAAGACAAGUGCACCAGCACCCGCAACACCCGCAACAGUCAGUCCUGCUCCAUGUCAGACUCCGGCAGGAACUCUCUGUCCUCUCUGCCCACACACAGCAGCACAGGCUACAGCCUGGCCCCCAGUGAGGGCUCCGGCUCAGGCUCUGGGGGGCCCACGGAACAGGUGGGACUGACCAGGAACACUUCUGAAGGUGUAAACCAUGGACACUCAAACUCGGACAGCGGGCGCUCCUCCUCUAGUAAGAGCUCAGGCUCUGGGUCUGUGAGUGGGCGCGGGCAACCCCUCUCGGAUAGCGGCUCCUGUGGACACUCUCCUCCCCCAGUGGAGGGCUACGAGGCUGUGGUCAGAGAGCUGGAGGACAAACUGAGGGAGAGAGACUUGGAGUUACAGCAGCUUCGAGAAAACCUGGAUGAGAACGAAGCUGCCAUAUGCCAGGUGUAUGAAGAGAAGCAACGUCGCUGUGAGAGGGAGAUGGAAGAGCUGAGGCAGGGCUGUGCGUCCAAGAUGAAGCAGACUUCUCAGAAGGCUCAGAGGGCUCAGCAGGUCCUGCAGCUGCAGGUAUUCCAGCUGCAGCAGGAAAAGAAGAAGCUGCAGGAGGACUUCUCGGCUCUGCUCCAGGACAGAGAGACUCUGGAGAGACGCUGUGCCACCAUCCAGAGAGAGCAGACACAGCUGGGCCCGCGCCUCGAGGAGACCAAGUGGGAGGUGUGUCAGAAGUCUGGUGAGAUCUCCCUCCUGAAGCAGCAGCUGAAGGAGAUCCAGUCCGAGCUGAGCCAGAAAGCCGGGGACAUUGUGGUGCUGAAGGCCCAGCUGAGAGAAGCUCGCUCGGAGCUGCAGUCCAGCCAAGUCCGCACCCAGGAGACACAAACAGCCCUCCGCACGCGUGCCUUGGAGCUGGAAGUGUGCGAGAACGAGCUUCAGCGGCGUAAAAGCGAGGCCGAGCUGCUCCGUGAGAAGAUGGGCCGGCUGGAGGAGGAGUGCAAGCGCAAACGGGACGUCCUGAGUAGCCACAAGAGGGGCAGAGGUGGGCCCAGUCCCUCUGGGCCAUACCGCGAUGAGGAGGUUCCCCUUUUGUGGGGAGGGGAGAGUGACGAAGCCAAGGCGCAGAGGCAGAACGUGGAGGCUGUGCUGGGGCUUAGACAACAGGUGGAGAGGCUGAAGGCUGAGCUAAUGUAUGAGCGGCGCACUGGGGAAGAGCAGCUGUCGCACUUUGAGGAGGAGAGGAGGGUGUGGCAGGAGGAAAAGGAGAAGGUGAUCCGGUACCAGAAGCAGCUGCAACAGAAUUACAUCCAUAUGUACAGACGCAACCGGGACCUGGAGCGUGUGAUGCGAGAGCUGAGCUUGGAGCUGGACAACCGCGAUAUAGAUGACUACGAGGUGCGGAGUGGCAGCAACGACAUCCCCUAUGAGGAGAUCACUGCCACAGAGAUCUGA